UUCACUGCCCUUAAAUAUGCAAACACAUUUUGAAAAUCGAAUCAUUGAUACCUAUGAACGUGCUCUUAAACGUGGUGAAGUCUAUUUCAUGGAAAGCAGGGUAGUAAAAAUUGUUGAGAUAGACAUAGAGUUUGAAAUAAGACUUGCUCCUAGUUUAGCCAACAAACCUAUUGGUACAACCGAUAAAAAAAACAAUGAACAAAAACCAAAGGUGGAUCCUUUUUCUCCUUACAGCGAAGACUUGUUUGUACAAGAGUAUGGCAAACAUGUGAUUUUGUUAAACAAAUAUUGCAUAGUUCCUUAUCAUCUUGUGAUAGCCACUAAAGAAUUUGAAAAACAAACUGAUCCUCUUAAUCCUGAAGAUAUGGCUUCCAUAUGGUUUUGUAUAAUGCAUAAUAAAAGUCAACCAACUCUUGUCUUUUUCAAUUGUGGCGAAUUGUCAGGAGCAAGUCAACCACAUAAACAUAUUCAAGUUAUUCCUUUACCAAGUGAAGCCAGAUUUACUCCACCAAUCAGCUCAUAUAUAUAUAGAGCCCAAAACAGAAAACCGGGUGAAAUCUUUGAAUUUGAAGAUUUACCCUACAUUCAUUAUGUAGUUUUAUUAGAUCCAAAACAAAUUAGUGAAAGACACCAUCAUCAACAUCAACAUGGAAAUUAUGAAGAAGUUGGUCAAUAUCUCUCGCAAAAUUUUCAUUCAUUACUCAAUAGAAUGCUCAAAGAUUUUAAUACCAAUCAUAAAAAUGUUAUUAAAAAUGAUUAUUUUCAUAUUUCAUAUAAUUUUAUUAUGACGCAUACAUGGAUGAUGAUAGUGCCUAGGCGUUCUGAAAAAUAUGAAUAUGUUUCAAUAAAUUCUCUUGGAUUUGCUGGAAUGCUACUUGUAAGGAAUGAAGAAGAAUUAGAGUUUGUUAAAACUGUUGGUGUAAUGAAAAUUUUGGAAAAUGUUGCAAUUCCUAAAAAAAUCAGUAAUUAG